AUGCAGCGAGAUGACUCUCGACUACAGAGAAGAAUUAAUGAACGUGGUGAAAAAAUUCUUGUUCAAAGCUCCGCGAGGGAUAAUUUUGAUAAAUUGUUCGUCCCAUCGGAUGGAGAUGACAGCCCGAUCCAUGCAAAGCGCGCUAAGGGCGUUGUGUCUUACUUCUUUAGAUCCAAAGACCUUAACUGUGUUUCGUCGAUGUCAUUUGUCCAGGAAUUCCAACUGUAUGAAUACAAGAAAAAUCAUCAGAGACCUUCAGAAGGCAUUCGUGCAAUUCCUUCCCGUCAGGCUCGGGCUGUGAUGCAUUUGCCUAAACCUGCCGGAUACUUGCCUAUCUUAGGCAAUACAGUGCUUGUGGCUCGCGUACAACUUUCGGGUCGUUUUCACGAUUGGGCUUUGAACAAUUGUCCGUUUGAAGAUGUUCAGAAGACGCAAUAUGAGGCUUUUGGCAAAAAUCCGCUCUUUGUCGAGGCAGCCACUGAUGUACUCGGACAAGGAUUGUUCGCAAUUAGCGGACCGUUGUGGCACCAUCAACGCAAAACUGCGAGUCGUUUGUUUUCAGCGCAAAUGAUCCAGCACAAUAUGAAUAAUGUGGUUUUGGAAAAGUGUAGAGGGCUAAUGAAACGUCUGGAUGCUGCAGCUCAAGAUGAUAACAAGUCUGUGAGUCUCAAAUGGAUCUUGGAUUUAUUCACAAUGGAUGUCUUUUGCCAAAUCGGGUUUGGAAUUGAGAUGGAUGGACUGGAUAGAAAACAGAUCAUUGCGAUGCUAGAAGCGCUCCAGAGGUCUUCAGCUCGUAUUGUUGGACGUAUUUUAGAACCCAGUUGGUGUUGGAAAUUGCGCCGUUAUGUCAACAUUGGAGCUGAACGCCAAUUUGCAACCGACAUGAAGCGGGUGAAUGGUAUGCUGUACGGAUUUAUUGCACGUUCUAUACAAGACAAAGCCAACCGGGAUCUUAAUGAAAAUGAAAAGGGAAAUGAUACUUCUUGCAUGGACCUCAUUUCACUUUAUUUAGAACAAUGUGCCAUUGACAAUGGAAAAGAUGUACCUUUUCAACCAAAAAAGUUACGAGAUUUUCUCGUGAGUUUUCUUGCGGCCGGACAAGAUACUACGGCAACUGCGAUGUCGUGGUUUGUAGUGAUGAUGAAUCGAUAUCCAAAGGUACUGGAAAAAGUGCGGCGCGAAAUUCGGGCAAAGAAGCUGCAAUCAGAGAGACUCUCCGUUUGCACUUCUGUCCAUAUGCCACACUAUACUAUGGCAAGAAUGAAAAGUGUUUGGGGAUCAGAUGCUGAAAAUUUCAAACCAGAGCGAUGGAUCGAUCCCAUGACCGAAAAAUUGCUGGCAGUCUCGGCUUUCAAAUUUUCGGCAUUUUAUGGUGGACCUCAUUCGUGUUUGGGGAUGAAAUUUGCAAUGUCUGAGAUUAAAAUCACCCUGGCUGCUUUGCUGAGUCGCUACGAUUUCAAAACGACGAAAGAUCCAUUUGACUACACCUACCGAAUGGCAUUGUCGCUCGGAAUCGAUGGUGGCCUCGACGUUUAUACGACUCGAGCAACAAAUCAAUUCCUUGCUAAGGUUGAGUCCGAACGACAAAAUUGCUGGGGAAGGGGUGACGACAAUUCUGCUUGCAGAAGGCACUUUACGUACCAUUUUAAGAUAGUUGAUGUGCAUGAUCUUUGGUCAAUCAAAACGGACAUUUUGUGUUACAACUGUCACAUUCCGAUGAUACAAACGACAGUAUGA